UAUGGGAGAUUCUGAUUGAUAUUUGGUGGGAUCUCAUAUAUCUUUUCAUCUCAUCAAACCCUCCUCAUAUAUAUUAUCAAAUCACCCAUCAUAUUCUCUAUCAAUAUUCUGCAGUCAGAUUAAUUUUGACCAGUUUUUCUAUUGUUCAUAUAUACUGAUAAAAAGAAUGGCAAAAGGUGGAGUAUCUUUAGAAACAAAGUUCCAUGUAUUAGCAGUUGAUGAUAGCAUCGUUGAUAGAAAGUUGAUUGAGAGGCUCCUCAAGACUUCUUCUUAUCAAGUUACUGUUGUGGAAUCUGGAGUAAAGGCUCUUGAGUUUCUGGGGUUGCUGGAUGAUAAAAAUGGAAGCAUUGAUUCAACCUCCCAUUCUGCAACACAAAAUCAUCACCAAGUACAAGUCAAUUUGGUCAUUACAGAUUACAGUAUGCCUGGAAUUACUGGUUAUGAUCUCCUGAGAAAGAUCAAGGAAUCGACAUCAUUAAAGAACAUCCCAGUUGUAAUAAUGUCUUCUGAAGAUCUUCCUUCAAGAAUUAACAGCUGCUUAGAGAAAGGAGCAGAAGAGUUCUUCUUGAAGCCAGUUCAACAAUCUGAUGUCAAUAAGCUUAGACCCCACUUGUUGAGAGGAAAGGCUUGAAUCAAACACCUUUAAAUAUUAGCCUGGAAUUAGUCAAAUGAAGAAUAUUAGCUUGGGAAUAUUGUUGACACUAGUCGUACAUUACCAUAAUUCAUAUAGGUUGACAAAUUUACUGAUUACUGGGAGUAAUCCCCCUUUUUGAUUCUGUAAAUUCAUAGAAAAUACGGUUAUAAUAGCUUUGUUUAAUAGACGAUGAAGCAGUCCCCCUAUUAUGCUCCUUUAGUUAUUUUUAAUUUUUGCUGGCUUGUAAUUUAA